UUUGAUCAAGUUUUAUUCUGAAAGGGCAUAUAGGAAGUCACACCGGACGUAGCCCUGCAUGACACACUACACAAAGAAGUUGCUUAAGCGUCAAUGUUGAUUUCCUUUAGCCCGAACUAACUCACUUACACGUUAACGUUACUUUAGCCACUCAACGAAAACAAAACUAUUCGAGGAGAAAACGGCACCGACUACAUUUAAUCUGGCACAACGCCGCGUGUUGUCCGAUACUGUAAUGUAGCUAUAAAACGCGUGUGGAGACAAAAAGGAGUUGGCAUCGUUAUUUACUAGCUAUUUUGGGGUUAGCCGCACAAAGCUCCAUUUGCUGUUCAACCGUUAAACUUGAGUUUACAGCACACAUUUGGAUUCUAUUGUCAAAGUUCAAUCUUAUCAUUUGGUUUAAGAGAAGAUGAACUGGCUUUUCCCCAUCUCAAAGGGUCCUGGACCUCACAGCCCACUCAACAGUCUUCAACAACAAAGACAGCGCCAGAUUGAGUCCCUGAAAGCUGCUCAUCCCAGCAUUGCAGAAAUCCAGAAAGAUGUGGAAUACAGAAUCCCGUUUACAGUCAACAACUCAACCAUCACCGUUAACAUUCUUCUGCCUCCUCAGUUCCCUCAGGAGAAGCCAGUGGUUAGCGUCUACCCUCCUGUCGGUCAUCACCUCGUCGACAGCAAUAACGGCACUGUGAUAACGAGCCCGCUCAUCACUAAUUUUGGGAUGCAUUCAGACCUGGGUAAGGUCAUUCAGAGUUUGCUGGAUGAGUUCUGGAAGAGUCCUCCUGCACUAAUGUCUACUGGCCCACCCGGCUUUCCAUAUAUGUACAAGCCAUCGGGCAUCCCUCCAUACCCGACUCAGGGUUACCACUAUGCUCCCCGCCAUGUUGGGCAAAGUCACACACUGCCCCUAACACCGGCUUCAUCUGGAGUAGGACCAGGGCUUCAUCCCGGAGUUGAUGCUAUCCAUGGUGCCACUCGAGGUCCAGCUCCUUAUGGUCUCAUUACAGACCUACCAUUGCCUGUACCUGUUGGAGACAUACAGGGUGGGCUGAAUGGACAUAUGUACCAGAUGCCUGAGAUUCCAGAGUCUUUUCCUGAGCUCUGUGACUUGAAUCUGACACAACUAUCUGACAUGUCAGAAAAUGAGGAUGUUUUACUGAGAUUCUUCGUGACGCUGCCACAGUUCAAACAAAUCACAAGUGAUAAAGAGGAGCUGGUCACUAACAUUGUGGAUAUGGCAAAACGAAACCUUCAGAUGGAGCCACAACUGGAAGGGAAAAGACAAGAAAUUAUCUACAAGUUUGAACAGUUGACUCAACUGAAGUCUGCCUUUGAGACAAAGAUGCAGAAACAACAUGAUCUCAGUGAGAGCUGUAGUCUAAGUGCUCUCCAAGCUCGGUUAAAGGUCGCAGCACAUCAAGCUGAAGAGGACUCUGAAGAGACCGCUGAAAACUUCUUAGAGGGCCAAACUGAUAUAGAUGAAUUCCUGACCAACUUCAUGGAAAAGAGAACGCUUUGCCACAUGAGAAGGGCUAAAGAGGAGAAGUUGCAACAGUCUAUCCACACACAUGAACAGUUUCCUACCACCCACUAGAACAUAAGGUUUAUCGUUCACCCACCCAGUCAAGACAUUUGAUGAGGAUGCUGAGUCAACAUUGGGCACUUUGGAGGACAAAAUCUUGUCAUCAUAGAAGCCCUGUUUUGGACAUUCAAGCUCCAAAACUAAUGUCUGGUAAUGCGAAAGGAUGACAUAGACUUAAGAGUCAUCAGAGAAACAUUGAAUUCGUACAUGUUUUGAGGUUUCAGAAAAACUACUGAGGUUAAUCAUGUUUUGAGUACUUAUGAUUUGCACAUCCUGUACAGUUUUGAUUCUCCAGGAAAAAAUAUGAAUCUAAUGAGGCGUGUGCUUGAGUAGUGGGUGGGGUGGUGUGUGGGUGGGGGCACCCUUGGAAGACAGCACAUAUACCAUUUGACAGUAUUAUGUUCCCUUUAACUUGUUUUCAAUUAAACAAGAAAUGCCAUGACGCUUGUUAAAAAUACAGACAUCAAUUGACCACUUUUAAAAUAAUUUUCUGAGGGGGGAAAAAAAAGGCUCAAUUUCUCAUAACAUUUUGAUUGGGUCCAUUUAACCCUUGUUUACCUAGACUUGACACCCCUUUCGACAAUUUGCUCUCAUUAUUUUCAUUCCCCCUCUGAAACUGGUUUGAAUAAAAUUUGGGAUUGAACACAGACAAACAAGGUCAAGAACAUGUAGUCAUAUUUUCAGGAAUUUAAAUGAUCUCAAUAGAAAGAAAAGUCAUGCCUUGUGAUUGGCUGUCAACCACCACAGGUUGUACCCUCCCUCUUACCCAACAAACUGGGAUAGGCUCCAGGUUGUCUGCAGGGCUCAUUAAGAUAAGGGCUGAUGAUAAUGGGUGGAAGUCAGACCAAAUAAUUACUGUUCCCCUAACGUGAGUAAUGUGUUAAAACACUAAGGCCUUAUCCUGAUGACACUAAUAAUUUAUUUAUUGUAUGUGGCUAUUUUGUUUCGACCAGUCAAUGCAAACAUCGAUUGAGCACGUGUUGAUGUACAAUAUUACAUACAUCUAAAUGCUGUUGACAAGGGUUGUAAUUCAUUGAUACAGGAAAUCAUGUGUUCCUGUUUCCCUCAGAACCCAAAUGGAUGGAAAAUGGGUUUAUUGGUAACUCUAAAGUGUCCCCAAGAUUUGUCAUGUUUUUGAAAUACGCUUGAAUUACUGUCAAUGCGCGUCAUACCUUACUGUUUUGCUGUCUCCGUAAUGUACGAAUUUUGAUUGUGCACAUUAUUCAGCCAUUCUGACUUUUUUUUUUUUUUUUGCUCUUUCCUUUGAUGUCAAAAUACUGUAACCAUAAUAAGUUAAAUCAGAAUUUUGCCUUGAAGUGUUUUACACCUUGGUGAUUGGUGAAUGGAAAUCACUGACCUCCACUUUUCAAUGUUGCCCAGGAUUCCCCUGGACUCUUGGAUGAAACUGAGCUGAGCAGAUGUGGGGUAUAAUGUUCAGAAUGAUUUCUUUAAAUGCUGCAGCAGAGGUCAUUGGAGACUGUAUUUAAAUAAUGUUAAUAAUAGACUAUAUGGCAAUCAAAGACUUGGACACCUUGUAUUAUGUUUUUAUUUAAUUUGUUAGGCUAUUAAAGCAUUUACAAUUUACUAUGGUUUUGAUGUGAUUCAUAUUAUAAUAAGAUGGUAUAGAUAUUUAACCUGCGACUGACUGGCGACCAGUUCAGGAUGUAGUCCACCUUUCACCAAACUUAGCUAGGAUAGGCACUCCCGCAACCCUUGUGAGGAUAAGAGGCUUCGAAAAUGAAUGAAUGAAUGGAUGUUUGGAUGGAUGGAUACAGCAUACCUAGGGUGAAGUACAGUCACUAGGUAUUAUUGAAUAUUGAUCUAACAGCAGGGAAAUGUACUGCAUAUACAGUGCCCUCCAUAAUUAUUGGCACCCCAGGUUAAGAUGUGUUUU